GUGACAUCUCUGUGCAGUUAAUGGACUCAAGAGAGCUUGUCAUUUCCCACCACAUCCCUUUGACCUGCACCAACUCCUCUACUACCAAAUGCCUGGGUGUCAGAGGUUUUGGCUCCCCGUUGCCAGCUCACGGAGACAUCCAGUACAUGUCUGCAAAGGAUGAAGGACGUAUAUGAUGUCGUCAUUCUAGGCUGGGCCCCACUAGAUGCUGCAGGACCACCAAUCGCCCCUGCAGCUCCCGCUAGACCACCGCUGGCCCCUGCAGCUGCCGCUGGAGCACCAGUGGCCCCCAGAGCUCCUACUGGAGCAUCAAUGGCCCCUGCAGCUCCCGCUGGACCACCAGCGGCCCCAGAAGCUCCCAGUGGACCACCACUGGCCCCACCAUAUCCCACGGUAGCAGUGCCCCUGUCUGAUCCCCCAGUGGCCUUAACCAGACCACCAGCAGCCCCAACUGGACUACUGAAGAGACCCCAUUCCCCAGGAGGAUUUCCAGGAGCCUCCCCAGGUUGUUUUGAAAAAGAAUGCCCACACACAGUGACAGGGAGCCAGGAUUUUUACCCUGUGAAGAGGGUUGUAAAAUACAAAGUUGUCAAGGGCCAAAUGAUGAAGCAGGUGGAGUGAGAGCCAUGCCAACUCUGUGGAAAAAAGUGGCCGUUGGAGUGGGUGGCGGAUAAGGACACUUGUUAGUGAGAAGGUUGUUUUACAUAACAUUUACAAGACUUUCUGUUGUGCCUGGACCCCAAAGCUCUAAUUUUUCAUUUCAGAGUAGUUUCAGUAUGUUGGUCAAUAAAAAAAA